AUGCUGCAACUAUUGGAAGAAAAUAAACAGAAGAUACAAUGCGCUAAUAGUUUAAGCGAUUGGGAGGAUUUGCCCGUCUGCGCCUGGGCAGUGGCAUCGAACGGGGAUGUAUUGAUACGGCAUGGCGUUACGCAACAAAAUGCGCGAGGUGAUAGUUGGGAACACAUACCAAGUGAACAGCCUUUGAUCGCAAUUAGCGUGGGGCCAACGGGACAAGUAUGGACUGUUGGACGAAAUGGCAUGAUAUAUUUUCGUUAUGGCAUUACUAGACACAAUCCAUUGGGUGAAGCUUGGCAAAUGGUGGAAACUCCUCCUGGCACAACAUUCCGCACGGUAUCUGUGGGGCACGCUGGUAUUUGGGCUUUAGACAACCACAAUCGCCUGGCUGUGCGCAAAGAAGUAACUAAAACAUUCCCAGAGGGUUCACAUUGGCAAUUCUUGCCGAAUAUGCCAAAUAUUCCUCCACAUACUGAGACGCAUAUCGGUUUCAAAUCGGUCUCUGUAGGCACGGAAGUUUGGGCGAUUGCACAAAAUGGCAUCGUUUGUAAACGUUGUGGUAUAACCAAGGAGAAUCCAGCAGGUGCCGGUUGGAAUUUGGGCAUACCGGGUCAAUGGCAGCAUAUUUCAUUGGAAAGCUUUUCAUAAUACCUAGCUUAAAACCUAUUAAAAUUAUCUCCAAAGAUGCAGUGUUCCAUAAUUUUCCAUUUUAAUAGAAGUAUUUUACUUUUAAGCAGCACCACAUUCUUGCUUUAUUAGCUAAAAGUAUGAUUCACUUAGCUUAUUUUUAUUAAAACCAUUCUAUUAUAUCAUUCCACGGCAGCAUUAUCUGUUUAUAUUUUUAAGUUAUAAUAGUACCUUUUUUAUUUAAAUCAUAAGACUCAAAAGAAUUUUACUCCAUUCAUAUUACGGAAGUUCGGUCAAUGCUAAUUAAAAUUUAAAAACUCAAAACGUCUUUUUUAUAAGCCUUACAAGCCCGUACAUACUUUCUGUGAACGCAUUCCAGUAAAAUCUGCCUUCUUCGUAACCAUUUUCCUUGGCAAUUAUAUUUAGGUAAAAUACCCGUCCGAGUUAUAUGUAUGUAUGUUUCUACUUAUCAAACCUAAAAAAAUGCACUUGCAUGACUUAGUUAUAUUAAUAAUGAUAUUUCAAGUUUACAUAAAUGAAAUAAGUAUCACAGUAUCCAGCCCAUAGAAACAAGUUUAUUUCGUAUCGCCCUCUUCAUCAUUGUCAAUGGCCAGUUAAUUUUUCCCAGACAAAUAU